UUUUUGAAAGUGUACUUAUUUAGGCUACUUGUUUUAUUCAUUUUUAUGCAAUUUCUGUUUUAUAGUAUCAUUCUCUAAUGGCCGACUUGAUUCCAGUUCAGAUGUUAAAGCAAAGCAUUCUCUUUACCAAGAGAAAGGUAUGAAGAGGAGGACAUUGGUUACAAAGACGGACCACAUGACGUACAUUGGUACCAAUUACGAGACUGAGGGAACCAUGAACACCUUCCCUUUUAGAAAGUAUAUGAUUGGUGUUCUUGAUAAAGAGACUGGUACUAUGGAGUUACAUAAUACUGAUAUAUUUCAUAUGACACCUUAUAUCAAAGGUAAAACUGAUACUCCAGUGACUGAUCCUAAUCCCUCCAAGCGUAAGUCCAUAUCCAAGGAAGAGUAUUCUGAGGGUCUUGAGAAAGUGAUGAUGUCAUACAGUAGCUCUCGGGCAAAGAAGGCGUGGUCAGCAGCUAAGAGGAAUCAUAUAGACUCACUGAGAUUGGAGGAGACACUAGCACCAACUGUGAGUCAUAUUGAGACUGAAAUGGAUAAGACUAUGAACGAACUAGGUAUGGCAUUCAAAGGGUUCAGUAAGCGUAUUCUGGUAGCUACUGAUCUGUUUGGUCGUGGGAUGGAUAUUGAAAGAGUCAACAUUGUCUUUAAUUAUGAUAUGCCUGAGGACAGUGAUACCUACCUCCACAGAGUUGCUAGGGCUGGUAGAUUUGGAACCAAAGGCCUUGCCAUCACAUUUGUCUCUGAGAAAACUGAUGCUCAAGUUCUUAAUUCCGUUCAAGAUCGUUUUGAAGUCAACAUCACUGAGUUGCCUGAUGAGAUUGAUGUCAACAGUUACAUUGAGCAGCUCUGAACAACAUUUAUGUGAAUGUAUAAUGUUCUUUUUAUUUUUAAAA